UUGAAAUUCCUAUAGAACGCUCUGUCGCCCGGUCCGCUUCUUCUUAUCUAGCUGCAAGAGCCGCGGGCUGAAUUCCUAUCAACCUCAGCCAGAUCAAUGCAUAGCUUUUAAAACAUUUAUAAUGGCGAUGGGAAAAGUAACGAUAUUUCUACUUCAGUUGUCGUGGACUGUUCAUCUUGUAACAGCUAUUCAGAGGAAAGAUAUAUUUCCUUAUGGGACACUGAGCGGCGAUUUCACUCUACAGGAGGGGGACGACGAGACGUCCAAAGUACUCGCGUUGAAGAGACCUCUCUAUUUCUAUGGUUCGCAGUUCAAUGAGCUAUACGUGGCAACCAAUGGCAUCAUCUCAGCCCAGGACCUGCCUAUGGAGAAGCAGUACGUGGACGAUGGCUUCCCCACCGACUUCCCCGUCAUCGCCCCCUUCCUGGCAGACAUCGACACCAGCAAGGGGAAGGGCGCCAUCUACUACCGAGUCACCGAGUCGCCCGCCCUUCUCAACCGGGUGGCGCAGGAGGUGCACCGGGGCUUCCCCGGCGGCCAAUUCACACCCACGCACGCCGUCAUCGCCACCUGGGAGAACGUUGCCGCCUAUGAGGAGGUGACGCGUGCCACCGGGCCAUCCGAUAGGUUGAACACGUUCCAGGCGGUGGUGGCCUACGAUGAGAAUGACUCCUAUGCCCUCUUCCUCUACCCCGAGGACGGACUGCAUUUCUUUGGGACGCGCCCUAAAGAGUCCUACAAUGUGGAAAUUGAGCUGCCGGCUAGAGUUGGCUUUAGCAGGGGAGAAGUGUCCUUUAUAUUUUCUCGGAUGGAGGGACCCUACUACAGCGUCACCAGCAAUGAGCAGAGUCUAAAGAACCUCUACCAGGUUGGCAAUACUGGCGUACCUGGUGUGUGGCUCUUCCACAUCGGCAACCGCUACUCCUUCGAGAAUGUUGUGCCCGCCGCUGUGGGUGGUGCUCUCGCCACGCCACGUCCUACAGGCCAGGAGGGCGAUGACAGCACCACUGCAGAGUACCCAGAGAUAGAGAACCACGAAACCUUCGAAGAAGAAGAACCCGACGAGGACUAUCCACCCAUCGCCGACCCCGACUUCCAAUCCCCCACUAUCCCAGAGAUCCUCCAGCCCUCACACUUGGACCAUGGCGCCCUCCCGGGUCAAGCCCGCCUGCAGCCCUAUGGAGGUGACCUUCCUUUAACCUCUGACCCCCAGUAUCGUGAACAUGACAACCAUGGCAAGCCACCUUCAGCAUCCGGUCCGUUGGGUCCAGGGGAGUACCCAGCCAAGUUCCCAGCCCUGGAGCCCGAGCCCAGGAACCAGCCCCACCAGCCCCCUCUGGAGGACGUGAAACAACAGCAGCAGCUCCAGCCCCAGGCCCAAGCCCCCCAGGUGGUCCCUCAACCGGAGCACACGGUCCUGGAGGUGUUCCCCAACAACAGGGGAGAGAGCAGCGAUCCCCCGCUUGCCCCCCGUGGCGGACAUUUUGUUAGCGUGGUGGAGGAGGAGGACGUGGACUUUGACACAGGAGUGAUCCAGUACAGCACAGAGACCAAGGAGACGUGUGCUCGCUUCCAACAGCAGUGUUCCCAGAACGCUGACUGCACCGACUACUCUUCCGGCUUCUGCUGCCACUGUCGCUCUGGUUUCUACGGCAACGGUCGUCACUGUCUCCCUGACGGUGCUCCCCAUCGCGUCAAUGGCAAGGUGAGCGGGACAGUGAUAGUAGGUUCCACCCCUGUGGACCUUAACAGCGUGGACCUGCAUGCCUACAUCGUAGUGAGCGACGGGCGGGCAUACACCGCCAUCAGCGAGGUGCCCGAGCCCGUAGGAUGGGCACUAAUGCCCGUGGCGCCCAUCGGAGAGCUCUUUGGCUGGCUUUUUGCCCUGGAGCUGCCCAACAGCCAGGCUGGCUUCAAGAUCACAGGUGCUGAGUUCACACGCCACGCCGAGGUUACCUUUUACCCCGGCAACCAGCGGCUGAGCAUCGUCCAGAUGGCCCAAGGAUUGGACAGCGAGAACCACCUCAGUGUUGACACCCGUCUCCACGGCGACGUGCCCUUCAUUGCCCCUGGCGCCACUGUGCAGAUGGAGCCCUACAAGGAGACCUAUCAGUACUACCCUUCAGUGGUGAGGUCCACAUCGGUGCGGGAGUUCACAGUGGUGUCGGCGGAGCGCGGCUCGGAAACAUUCACCUUUCAGCUGCAUCAGAACAUCACGUACCACGACUGCCGCCACGGGCUUAGAGCGGGGCCUGAGACGCUGCAGCUGACCACGGAGCGUGUCUUUGUCAUGUACGUCAAGGACGAGAACAUCUUGAGAUACGCCAUCACCAACAAGAUAAGCCCAGUCGGAGUGGAACCGUCAGACCCUGCCCAGGUGAACCCGUGCUACUCAGGAACCCAUGACUGUGACACCACCGCCCAAUGUCUGCCCGGAGAGGGUCAGCAGUACCAGUGCCAGUGUGCCACUGGGUACAGGGGCGACGGGCGCAACUGUUAUGAUGUGGAUGAGUGCGUUGAGGGUCUUAGCCUGUGCGGUGCCCACGCCCAGUGUGUCAACCUGCCAGGGAGCCAUCGCUGCCAAUGCCAGAGCGGCUACAAGUUUGGCUUUGACGGGCGUACCUGUAUAGAUGUGGAUGAGUGCGUCGAGGGCCUUGGCCUGUGCGGUGCCCACGCCCAUUGUGUCAACCUGCCAGGGAGCCAUCGCUGCCAAUGCCAGAGCGGCUACGAGUUCGCCUUUGACGGGCGUACCUGUAUAGACUUGGACGAGUGCCGCUCUCAGCCCUGCCAUCCCCAGGCCACCUGCUCCAACACUCUGGGCUCCUUCCAGUGCCAGUGUCAACACGAUUUCCAAGGAGACGGCUUCCAGUGUGUCCCUAGCAAUGUGCAUCCGGAGCGCCCUAAGACACAGUGUGAGCAGCACAGAGACAGCCUGCAGGGUGGGCUGUCUCCCCGGGGGCCUCGGCCUGUUCCUGGAGGCCUUGCUCCGGGGGCCUUUGUCCCCCAGUGUGAUGAGCAGGGUCAGUACAGAGCCCUGCAGUGCCACGGCUCCACAGGACACUGCUGGUGUGUGGACAGUAGGGGGCAGGAGAGAGCAGGGACCAGGACUUUGCCCAGAACUCCCCCCACCAACUGCGACGGACCAGAUCACACUGAGAGGCCUAAGACUCAAUGUGAACAUCACAGAGACAGUGUCCAGACGACCAGUCCUGAGGGGUACUCCAUCGUGGAGGGUUUUGUACCCCAGUGCGAUGAGCAGGGUCAGUACAGAGCACUGCAGUGUCACGGUUCUACAGGACACUGCUGGUGUGUGGACAACAGGGGGCAGGAGAGGGCAGGGACCAGGAAACCACCCGGUACUGGCCAGCCUAACUGUGAUGAACCAGAUCGUCCUGAGAGGCCCAAGACUCAUUGUGAACACCAGAGAGACAGUGUCCAGACAAUCAGUCCUGAGGGGUACCCUAUCCCGGGGGUCUUUGUGCCUGAGUGCGAUGAGCAGGGUCAAUACAGAGCCCUGCAGUGCCACGGUUCUACAGGACAUUGCUGGUGUGUGGACAGCAGGGGGCAGGAGAGAACAGGGACCAGGAAAGGACCCAGCACUGGCCAGCCUAACUGUGAUGAACCAGAUCACCCGGAGAGGCCCAAGACUCAUUGCGAACACCAGAGAGACAGUCUGCAGACAACCAGUCCCGAGGGGAAUGUUGACGGGGCCUUUGUACCUCAGUGUGAUGAGCAGGGUCAAUACAGAGCCCUGCAGUGCCAUGGCGCUACAGGACACUGCUGGUGUGUGGACAGCAGGGGGCAGGAGAGGGCAGGGACCAGGAAACCACCCGGUACAUCGCAACCUAACUGUGAUGAACCAGCGGUAGUGCCCCCCACCCAGCGGCCGGAGACGGUGUGCGAGCGUUGGCGGGCCAGCCUGGUGGACCACUACGGGGGCCUGCCCGAGCCCCACCACUACCUGCCCCAGUGCGACCCCCAGGGGCAGUUCAACCCCAUCCAGUGCUACGGCGACAGCAGCUACUGUUGGUGCGUGGACCGGGACGGCCGCGAGGUGGCCGGGACGCGCUCGCACGACGUGGUCAAGCCUGCCUGUGUCCCCACUGUAGCCCCUCCCACCAUGCACCCUCUGCCUCGCCCUGAUGUGACCCCGCCCCCCUCAGGCACCUCCCUCCUGUAUGCCCAGGGACAGCAGAUUGGGGCACUGCCUCUCAAUGGCACACUCAUGGACUCGGAGCGCUCCUCUACACUACUGGCUCUGCAUGGCUCCAUUGUGGUGGGCAUCGACUAUGACUGCAGGGAGAAGAAGGUGUACUGGACCGACCUGGCAGGCAGGACCAUCAACAGAGCCAGACUGGAGCCUGGGGCCGAGCCUGAGACUCUCAUCAACACAGGUCUAACCAGUCCAGAGGGCUUGGCGGUGGACGUGGUGCGCAGGGCCAUGUUCUGGGUGGAUAGCACGCCGGACAAGAUCGAACGUGCUAACCUGGACGGCAGCGGGAGACAGACUCUCUUCGACACUGACAUGGUCAACCCCCGUGCUAUCAUAGUGGACUCUUCCACUGGGACCCUGUACUGGACCGACUGGAACAGGGAGGCCCCGAAAAUCGAGAGAUCCUCAGUGGAUGGCAACAGCAGGAAGGUGCUGGUGAAGGACGGGAUUGGCCUGCCCAACGCCUUGACCUUUGACACAGCCAUGAGACAGGUGUGCUGGGCGGACGCAGGGACCAAGCGUUUGGAGUGCAUUGCGUCCGAUGGGACGGGUAGAAGGGUGAUCCACAGCAACCUGAACUACCCAUUCAGUAUGGUGUUCUAUGCCAACCACUUCUAUUUCACAGACUGGAGGAGGGACGGAGUCAUUGCUCUGAGUCGGGACAGCAGCCAGUUCACAGACGAGUACCUACCUGACCAGAGGUCUCACCUGUACGGCGUCACCAUCGCUACCACCCACUGUCUAUAAGCUAGCUUUGAUUUGGGGAGCUCAUGCCGGGGAUUUCCUCUUGAGGUGUCGGACAGACUGGACUCUGUGCUGAAUCGUAGCGCUGUAAUGGAAGCCUGAUACAUUGGGACUGGGAGACGAUUCAGCCUGGAGAACACCACUGGAGAAUACUCGGGCUGAGGAGCUACGGGGAUGCGAUUCAACUCAGCGAAGGUGGCUAAGCAGUGGAAAGAUUUGCAAGGCGGAGCCAGGCUACUCCCAAGUGGUCGCAACCAACGUGGUUUGGACAGUGAAGAAAGCUGGCUAGUUCUGCAAGCUAUUCCCAAGUAGAACAACCACUUAUCUGGAGGACUAUUCAAAUGUGUUAUGUUUUGAUCUUGCAGUAUUUAAUUAUUUGGGCCAUGUGAUAUUUACUGCAAUUCAGCUUUUAGCUGUGAUUGUGUAACAUGUUUGAAGAGGACCACAAUGGAAAUACGUUUUUUACUUAAAUGCAUUGUAUCCACAUUUGUAUUGCGUUUUAUAAUUGUCAAAUAAAAAAGUGUGGAGGCCAUUAAGAUGAUAGUAAUCGUCUUGGGCACAAAAGGGAA